UUGACUCUCCGUCUUCUUCUUCUUCUUCUUCUUCUGCAAGUUCAAGAAUAACCACCACCAAACGAUGCUACCGGAGCAGUGGGUGCCGCCGUGCGGCAACCGAUGUACCCAGAAAUAUGCAGCCCUUACCCAGCUUCCAUGGCGAGUGUUCUGCAAGAAGGGAUGCAACUCAGAUGAAGAGACAUGGGAAGAAUGUUUGGAGGACUGCAAUCAAAUUUGCUACAAGGACCCUGUCAUAAAGGACCAGCAAUGGAGUGCAUAUAUUGACCGUUCUCCUGGAUCAGCCUCUUAUUCAGAGGAAUGCUUCCAUGCAUGUGCAUCCGGCUGUGGUUUCAAGGUUAAUAUGAUGUUUAAUUAUCUUACUUUUAGUAAGUCCUCUACGGUGAGAUGCAUAACAGUUUCCUUUUAAGGUUAUAUGGUAAGAUGGACUCUUAGGCUUGAGAAUGUUGCCAGCGACUGCGAGCUCCUGAGGGAAUAAUACUAGUGGGCACUAUGUCUAAUCAUACUUGUGUCAUAUAAGUUUCAUUUUUCUACCACAGUGAUCUGCUAAAAUAAUUGCUACUGUGCAUCUUUCUUUUUCACGUAAAGAGUCUGCUAGUCUUCAACAUUUUGAUUUUACUUUUAAUGAUAUCUUUGCAUUUUACAGUUCGACAUCAAAGAGGAAGAAGUUAAUAAGGCUUGUCCUAACAGGCCAUCAUAUUCUCAUCCUGAUCAAAAGCAAGGGCCACAACAUGUACAACCUACCAACCAGUCAACUGCUAAGCCUGGCUCUUCUGCGUAGUGCUAGAGAUAGGUUGAUAUACAACAAACCCAGAACCCUGUAACGAUUCUUUCUGGCCAUUUUUUGCGGGAACUAGCCUGACAUCAUAUUUUUUUGUCAGCAUGGUUUUGGAUCACUUGUCAAUAGAUUUAGUUUCUUUCUUCCUUGAGGGUCUAGAAGUUUUUUGUUGCCGAAAAGGCUUGGAACUUGGGUUUUUUUCUUUUUUUGGAAUGGAUAUACUGUGACUUCAACUAUCAUAAUGGUCAGAAGUUAAAAAGCUGGAAUUUUGCAGUUUUGCAUA